CUUAAACUAACAUGGAUGAAAACGCGGGACUCUUUACAGAAGCGCUCUCACUUGUGCGCGCUUUGCCUCCGUAGAAAAAGUGCUCAUACAGUUCAGACGAACGUCUGAGUCUGAGGCUCUGAUAACGCGCGAAACUUGCAAAGCAUCUAAGACGAUGGCGCGUGAAAAUUGAGGCGUGAAGUGUCGUCGGCACCGUCUUUGUUCAAGUUUGCUCAACUGGUUGUCGUGUUCGAUCGUCGUGGUUGCACAAUGCCGAAGCGUCGUUCAGAGGCUGGACCGACGCACCACACUCCACAGAAGUUGCAGGAGGUUAUUACAAUAAGCUCGGAUUCAGAACGUGACAGCGAUGACGAUGUGCCACCGGUACACGUUGUCAGUGACAGCGACGACGAGUUCCCUAUUUUCCAUUCCGAUGGACGCCUCGAACGCCAAAAAAGAUCUGGCAAGAAAGGAACUGCAAAGGAAGAGACCACUUGCCAGGAAACAGCCGCAGGAACCAGUGCAUCAGUUGGAAAACAACUUCCCUCUGUGGAUCCACUGUGUGCGAAACAAUUGGUUGCGUCAACCAUCUAUGGUGACGGUGGGGUCUUCUAUAAUGCUGUACUGAACCAAUCAUGCCUCCAAAUGAAUCGGAACAAAUUUUAUAAUAUGCAGCUGGUAGAGGAUGUGUACAACGACUACUACUACGUAUGGUUUCGCUGGGGCCGUGUUGGAGAAAAGGGAACAUCAAAAUUGGUCUGUUGUGAGAAUGACAUCCUGAAAGCAAAGUUGCUGUUUGAAGAAAAAUUCCACUUGAAAACUGGCAAUGAGUGGGCAGUAUGGGCCACUAAAAUGAAAUUCACAAAACGCAAGGGAAAGUACAACAUGCUCAAAAUGGACUACAGUCCUGAGUCCCAUGGAGACCAUAUGAACAGGCUUGUUGCGGAUAUUUCCAAGAAUAUUGAAAAAAGCAAGCUCGAACCCAGCUUGCAGGAACUCAUGCAUCUCAUAUGCGAUGUGAAGACAAUGAAACAAACUCUUAUUGACCUGAAGUUUGAUGUGGUAAAAAUGCCCCUAGGCAGGCUCACGAAGGAGCAGAUUCAAGCAGGCUAUGAGGCACUUCACAAAGUUGAAGAUUGCAUUAACAAGAAGUGCCCUAAAAGUCAACUCAUGGACGCCUGUAGCGAAUUCUACACCUGUGUUCCUCAUUCAUUUACGCGAAAGCAAAGGCCUGAGAUGAUUUGUACAAAUGAACAUGUACAAGAGAAAAUGAUACUGCUGGAGGCUUUGGAGGGUAUCCAGACAUCCUUGGAACUUCUAAAGAAGGAACUUCUGUCUGGGAACCUGAGCCCCAUCGACCGUUUUUACAAAUCACUCAAUUGUGGAUUGACUGAAUUGGACUCCACAGAAACUGAUUACAAGCUCAUUCAGCUGGCCAUUAAGAACACCCAUGGAUCAACGCAUGUUGGCUUCCGGAUUGUCUUGCAGCACGUGUUUCGAAUCGAGAAGACAACCUACAACGAGAGCUUUGUCUCUGUUGGAAACCACCAAAUGCUGUGGCACGGCUCACGGUGCUCAAACAUCGCAGGCAUUCUGAGCAAAGGACUGUGCAUUGCCCCCCCGCAUGUCCCGGCCAAUGGCUACAUGUUUGGCAAAGGUGUCUACUUUGCUGACUGUGUCAGCAAGAGUGCAAACUAUUGUCUCCGGGAACCAGUGGAAGAAGGGCUGCUGCUUCUUUGCGAGGUAUCCCUGGGAACUGUCAAGACAGAAACACACUCCAAGACAUAUGACAAGUUGCCACCUGGAAUCAGCAGUGUAAUGGGCAUUGGCGCAUACAUUCCAGAGAUGGCUGGUUAUGCCCAUAUGUUGACUAACUUUCCAAGUCAAAUGGAGUCAAUCUGGCAUGUGGGAAGCUGAUACGGCGUCAACAGUUAAAUACCACCCUUUUGUAUAAUGAGUAUAUUGUGUACAAUACUGACCAGGUGAAGAUGACAUAUCUUGUUAAAGUGAAAUUUCAAAAAGAGAAGGCCAAAAAGUAACCUCGUACAGCACACAUAUUUUCACUGUUUCUAACUGUGAUAAUUAUUGCACUUUGUGCAUUGUACUUUGAGGUGCAGCCUGAAGGAGUAUUUUUUCAAUCCUUCUCUCUCCCCCCACCCUUUCUUUCUUUUUUUUUUUUAUUCUCCUUGUAGUGCAAUAUCUGAAAAAGUCCAAAGUACUCUUUACUUUGUAAAGUAUUCUCCAGUCAACUUGUCAUGUCUGUAAAGCAUUUACUGAUGUGCCAAGUACACAUUGAAGCAUAAUAAUCUACUCAGUCACAUUGCAAAACUGUUUUAAAUUUUAGCGUGUUAUUUUUUUAAUUGUAAGGUGUUCAUAAUUGAAAAAAAAUGCUGUUUUUACAAAAAGCAUGUCCAUUACAUACUUCUCAUGAUCUUGUUCGUGUGUUCAUUUGUGUUGUGUGAUAGUAAUAAGCAGGUUGAAAUCCUUAUACAUUAAUCCUGCUACAUAUGUAAGAGGAAACAUGAUCUCAGUGUCAUUAUAUGAAUAAAUAUUUUUCUUUACAUCUUUA